CAGAGGGAGGCCGAAUCAUAUCACAAAUGGCUGCUAACUGCCUGUCACUUCCCGCCACUACCAACAUCCGCUUUCGGCCAAGGAGAACAGCUACGGUCACCUGCUCUUCCCUCACGGAUCAAUCUCAGUCGCCGUCGCCGUCUCUAGCAGCCAAGCGCCAUCUCCUCCAGCUAAUUGCAGACGAGCAUCGCGGCGUCAAGACCCAAUCGAACCCCCAAAAGCUGUCCCAAAUAGUCGACGCCAUUGAUUCAUUGGCCGCCACCGGUCGCGGUUCCGUCACUACAGGCGAGUCUUUGUCGGCGACGUGGCGGAUGCUCUGGACCACUGAGAAGGAGCAGCUCUUCAUCGUAAAGAACGCGCCGGUUUUUGGUACCAAGGCUGGUGAUGUUUUGCAGGUCAUUGAUGUGGAGAAAUUGACUCUCAAUAACGUCAUCACUUUUCCUCCCGAUGGAGUGUUCUUUGUCCGGUCGGAUAUUCAAGUUGCUUCUGCUCAAAGAGUGAAUUUCAAAUUUACCAGUGCUGUUCUACGGGGAAAAGGAUGGGAAUUUCCGCUGCCUCCAUUUGGUCAGGGGUGGUUUGAGUCAGUAUACAUUGAUGAUGAAAUUCGGGUGGUGAAAGAUAUUAGAAAGGAUUAUCUAAUUGUUGAGCGUGCCCCUUAUUCUUGGAAAGAAUGAGAUCAUGUACUACCUAGUGUUGCCUAUCCAAUUCAACACUGUGGAUUGUAUCCUUUGGCAGUUUCUGGGAAGCUCCCGCUGGCUAUGAAGUGUUGUAUCUCACAGAAACAGGUUAUGUGAUUAUAAUGAAAUAAUUUGAGCUGCAAACAUUGUUUGGGGUGCCUUCCAUCUCUGUCUGUCUUAUUUGGCACCAUUGUUUAGUAUAUUUAUCUUCUUUUAUCUUUAACAAUGAACAUUUUGUACGGGGCCUCUUUUACCAUCUCCUUUAAAUAAUUAACUGAGAAAAUAUUACAUGCCCAUUUCAUUCUAUGUACAUUUAAAAUUUUGUUUUCAGCUACACUAAUUAACCACUUGAUCCACACAGCAAUUGAAGGAAAAUUGUGAAUCAUAGUAAAACCACAACAAUUCCUUCCAGAGGUUGCAUAUUCAGAAGAACAAGAAAGUCUUAUUUUUUGUGUGACAGAACUGUGGCUGCUAGGGACUCAACGACAAUAGCACUGAUCUGUGGAUUGGGUAAAUGUGUCCCACACAUUUGAAAAGGUACUUUCCUCAUACUUCAAAAGAAUUUGUUGUUUUCCAAAUGCACUGCUUUGUCAAGAACUCCCUAUAAUUGCAACUAUGACUGCAGUCAUCUUCUUGAAUUAAAGUAACUAAAGCCAUAGCUUAUAAUCGUGUGGUGUCAGAAGACAGUAAGAAAUGUGCAGUCGAUUGUCUUACAUGGUCCUUUAAUUUGGCAUAUGGGUUUAAAUUGUUUCCCUUCUUAUUGAAGGCACUGGUUAGAUAGUUAUCAAAUCCAGGCAUGAUGGCUUUCAGUUCUAUUAACUUAAGCAUGUUAAUUGUCCUAACGUGAUGUGUACUAUUGUUACUCGCAAUCCAUUGUGGUAGGCCACCAGUGAGUCCCCAUCCCAAAGUGAGUGUAUAUUUCACAUGCAUUUGCUGGUGAUAGACCUGGACCUAUCGAUCAACUUUCAAACUAUCAAAUUUUGGUGGGUGCAAAUCUAGAUUCAUUCUAGCAAGUUUUGAGGAUCAUUGUAGCCCUCCAUCUUGUUUUUUCUCUGGAUUUUAUCUUAUCCCUUUUUUUGUAGCUCAUCCCAGGUGAUCUUCAAAUCAAGAAUCAGAGCAAGUUGAUUUCUUGAAUCUUAAUCCGGCUGAGGUGAUCCACCUUACUUAACUGUGGGAGACAUAUCAUGUUGCAAUAUUUUACCAUCACUGCAAUGAUAGGACAUGUGUUUGUUCUGAUUUAUUUUCCUUACAUUCCCUAUGUACGAAAGAGGAAAAAACAAAUAUAAAAAUCUUGCACAGUACAUUUCUGGUGCAGAAUAAAAAAAAAAUGAGGAGGAAGGUAGAUUGAAAAUUGUGUUAGUAAUGGCAGGCAAGUGUGGGUUGAGAGAUGUCUUUAGUGGUGUGGUCCCAUUCUGCCUUAAAGUACAAUCACCCUUCAUUUGUGUGGGAAAAAAAAAAAGAUGAUGAAACUCCAAAGGCACAGGAUGAGUGUGGGGAGUGAU